GUUCAAAUGGACAUCCGGUUUCCUUUCCAGUGCGCCGUAACGCUUUUGUGUACUAUCAACAUUACAUUUACUCAAAACACUGUUAAAAAAUAAAACAAACUGGUACAAUGGGUGCUGAAGAUGAAGUUCUUAAGAUUGGUAAAAAGUUAGAAAGGCUCAUUUCAAGUGAUACGACAGUGAGUUCAUUCAAAAAUUUGCAUUAGAUGUCUUUUGCCUGCUAUUUAGUAUUUUACUUAAGAGUUAAGAGGCUAGGCCUAGGCCUAAGCCCAAGUCCUAAGCCUAAGCUUACACUUAACACUUAUGCUACUUAGACAGACUAUGACUGUACUAACUACUAAGCAAAAUUAGUACGUUGCUUAAAACUUGUUCAGUGGCGCCUAAGUCUACUUCUGAAUUUAAUUAGUAUAAAUUUAAAUUUUACUAGCUUUUCAAUGCUAAUACUAAUAUUAUCCAGGCUCCUGACUAGGUACUUUGGUAAAAAAUUUAAACAUUUUGUAAACGAAGUGGAUGCGUACACCGCGGCGGUGUACCUAGAAAAACCAUCGACUUUGGCCUGCGUAAACUGCGGCGGUGUACCUAGCGAAAUCGUGGGCUUUGGCCUGGGUACACCGCGGCAAAAAUUUACCAUUGGCCUGGUUUUAAGAAACGAAGUGUCUACACGUCCGGCGCGCCGGACGUGUAGUGCGCAAGAUACACGUCCGGCGACUUGUCACGUGACCGCCGGACAUGGCCGGACGGCUAGUAGUUUUUAUAAUUCCAAACGAAGUACGAUUUAGUACAUCUUGUCUGGUCUUGUGGUAGAGUGGUUGCAUGACGAUAGGAAUGUUUGAGGAUCUAUACCGGGGAUAGGGUCGUUUUUUUUCUUCCCAUUUUAAUUAAAAUAUUUUGUAUAUAUUUAUAUUAUCAUGUUCCUCUGCAACAGUAGUUUCAUGAGAAGUUUUUAAAUAUUUUGUAGCAAUUGAAAUAAUUUAAAAUGAAAUCUUUAACUUUUAUUGGUUGCCACACUGGCCCCUAAUUUAUUUUAUGGAUUACUGGUACACAAAAAAUAACAAACUAAACAAAAAUGUUUACAAGCCACUUUCACUUAAGUUUCUUUUUCUAUUAUUUGCAUUCAAGAUACUCAGUACAUUACUUGGUAGAGAAAUAGAUUUUAAAAUUAACAAUAGUUUUGAAUUAUUCGCAGUCACGUGACAAGGCUGACCGACACGAUAUCUCUCGCCACUUUGUUACGGCGGUCAUGUGACUUGGUCGCCGGACACAUAGUGCGGGAGAUAGACGUCCGGCGCGCCGGACGUGUAGACACUGCCUUUAAGAAAAGCCCGUUAGAUAAGAUCUUGUCUGGUCAAGUGGUAGAGUGGACCCAUGGCGAUAUUAUAUUUUGAGCUCAAUUCCCAGUAGGGGAUCCAGUUUUUUUUCUUCCCAUUUUAAUUAAAAAUAUUUUAUAUUUAAAUUAUCAUGUUCAUUUGCAACAGUAGUUUCCUGAGAAACUUUUUAAUAUUUUAUGGCAAUUUAAACAAUUUAAAUUAAAUAUAUGCUAUAUUCAGAUUAUUAACUGAUUAUUAAGUGUAACAACAAGUUGUGCUGGCCUUUGACUUUGAAAAUACAGGUAAUACUAGUAAUAUGAGUAUGACAUUAGAAAACAAACUGAAAGUUUCUGAAAGCGCAUGUAUAGUGUAUGUAACAUGUAUAAGUAUAAGAGAACAAUUUUGAAUACUAAGUGAUAUUGUAUUGUAUUUCAACAUUCUUCUUGUAGUUGAUAUUUACAUUUUACUUUACGAACAUUUAUUUUAUCAAGAAUAUCAUGUGAAUAUUAAUGUGCAUGGUCGUGUUUCCAGAAUGGCAUGGGAUGUGCUAUUCUCAGGUAAAACACAACGUUUUCUCACAGAAACCAUUGCACAAUGCGCUUGGACAGGAUUUGCGCUAUUUCAAAGUUUUAUUAAUUUGUGGUUUUUUGCAAAGAAAUCGAUCCUUGCCGGGGGAGGGGGGUGAUUUAUGGGCAGAGGUUCAAUGAAAAUGGGGGGCCUACACAAAUCAUGGCUCUGGAUAGGGGUUGUCCACAAAGGACAUCCGCACAAAAAGCUUACCUUUUGCAUCCCCCCAACCCGGAGAGGGGGUGCUGAUGUCCGCCGGCAUUUUUUACUUAUGUGUAAUGCUAUUUUAAAACUAAUUCAAUGAUAUUUAAUUAUUGCUAAAAGACUUUUAACAAUUACUGCAGUGUUUCGUAUUGAUCAUCAUACUGUUGUUGUGUGUUGACAAUCGCUUGAUAAAACAAUGACAAUGCCUUGGACAACUUUAACUUCACGACUUCAUGAUCAAUGAAUGUGAUUCUCUUCCCGUAAUGUAUUUGUGGCGUAAUUAUAUCUUGGUGCUAACAAAAUGGAUACACUGGCUUCCCAUUCAUUUUUACACCAAUGUAAAACUAAUUUAAUGAUAUUUAAUUAUUGUUAAAAGACUUUUAACAAUCACUGCAGUGUUUCGUAUUGAUCAUCAUACUGUUGUUGUGUGUUGACAAUCGCUUGAUAUCACAAUGACAAUGCCUUGGACAACUUUAACGACUUCAUGAUCAAUGUAUGUGAUUCUCUUCCCGUAAUGUAGCCUAUUUGUGGCGUAAUUAUAUCUUGGUGCUAACAAAAUGGAUACACUGGCUUCCCAUUCAUUUUUACACCACGCUCCGAGUGAUCACAUACAAUGUUAUUAUUAUCAUGCCUGCCACCACCCCCCCAAAAAAAACAAUGGAGGGGGGGGGGGGUUGGUGGGGAGAAUAAUUUCAAAUUAGCUACCCUUUUUAUGCCUAUUAAGAUUCACAAUCAUAGGAUAAAACUUUAAUAAUUAAUAAAUAUAAUUGUAUUUCAAUACAUGGGGGGAAAUAAAGUGGUUAACUUUAUAAAAAUAAAUCAUGGUUUAACAUUACACCCCCAGCCCCCUCCCUUCCAAUAAGUAAGAAAUGCUCUACAAAUACUUAGCCACAUAAGUUAUAAGCGUGGAACUUACUCAAAAGCUUCCUCCCAAGGUACUCAACGAUUUUAAAUAAAUAGUUUCCAGUUUUAACAAGAGUAUAACAUUAAAUCUACAAGUACCAGUUAGGCCAAAAAGUUUAAGACUCGCAAAGACCAUGGUUUUGCUACUUUAAAUCGCUGCGGUGUACGCAGGCCACAGACAAUGAUUUAGCUAGGUACACCGCCGUGGUAUACGCAGGCCAAAGUAAAAAAUUUCACUAGGUACACCUAAAAAUAAACCAAUGGCAUAGUUGAAUAGAGCUAAUUUUUUUUUUUUUACAGAAUCAUAUUUUUAGCUGUUGUAGUUUUAAAAUUAUGCAUUUUUAAAGUACAACUUCGUUUGUAUGGACUGCAUCUCCACAUUCUGUGACCCGAUUCCGCUGUUCGCGCCACGAGCUAUAUAACUCUCGUUUUAAUGAUAAUUUUAUGCGACUUUUAUUUUCAGAACUAAUGCUGUAUUAAUAAAUAAUUUUAAAAACGUUAUACAAUUAUAUAUAAAUGAUAGUUUAUCUAACUAUGCACUAUGUAUGUCAAUAAAUUUAAAAUAAUUUAUAAAUAUAUAUGGCUUUUCUGUUUACCAAAUCUACAGCGUCCAUUAUACCAGUAUAUGCUAUAUAGUCUAUAUAAGGCAACGCACCCCCUAAAAUAUUGUUUGGGGUCUACUUAUUUUGAACUUUUCACUUUGACACAUGACUAAUUAACUAAAGACUAAAGCUUUCCCUGACCAUGAAACUCGAGGUAGUACUACGGCAUAGCAUUAUGCAAAUGGCUGUGAAUGGUUUCCCAUGACUUUUUGCACACGGUUAAUUCUGAUCGUUAAUAAUAUGGACUCUACCUGGUUUUUAAAGCUCAAAUUUAAACAUUCUAGUUUAAAUGUCUUCAAACUGCAUUCUGAAACACAAGCUAUCAAAUAUUUUGAUUUAUAUAGAGGUAAUGAUGAAUAUUUCCUAAGCUAAGUAUCAGCGUUUUCCCGCCAUUUAAAAGGGGGCGUGUCACUAAUCUGAAAUGGCCUAUGCUACCUUUGCAUAAUGAGGUCAACGUUGAGGAGAAUUGUGAAAAUGUUUCAUGAGCUAUCCCAAUGAAAUUUUGCACACAUGUACUUCAACAAAUUAUGCACAUAUGUACUUCAACAAAUUAUGCAGGCCUGUGAAUGUGUAGUGGAAGAGAAUUCCAUUGUUUGGGGGCACAGAAAUAUAUCCGAAAGUAAAGCAAAAAAUUGUGUGGUAAUAUAAUAUUAUACUGCAGAGAAAGGGUGUCAUUUUUUUGCGUUUUACGUCACAGUUUUAUAAUAAUAGUAUUUAAAUUAUCUGUGUUUUAGAGCUUAUAUUUUUCCAAACAUAGGGAUACCAUAUUUGCAGCAUUUAGAACUUUGUGACCGGUAACGAAAUAAUUUUUUUUUACAUCAGUAUGUACGUAAAUGCUUAUUAUUUUUUAAUGUAAAAUUCAAACACAUAGUGGUUUAGCUCAAUACUGCUUCAUUCAUGUACAAAGUUUAAUAACUUAACUUCAAUUUAAUAAUAGCAAUAACGAACAAAAGUUAUGCCUUUCGAACUGGAAUGUGUAAGAAAAUAAAAUUGUUUGUAGUCCUCAACACAAAAAAAAAAAUUAGGUUCUCGAAAAUGGUUCUUGUAACCAAUUUAAUUUAAAGAUAUUUUCAUUAUAGUUGAUCUUUAAUAAUCUGUAGAAGACUAAUCAUUUAAUAAAUGGGAGACCGUUUUACAAUAUUUUUAGAAAUCAAUAAAACCUAAUAAAAACUUGUUAUUUUUUGUUUUUUCCUAUAAAAAUCAUGAUUUUUCCAACUUUUCUGUUGAUGCUUUUUCUAAAAUCCCUCAAAUAAAAUUAUCCAAAAUACAAAGUCUUAAUGUUUUGUUGUUCAUUGUGUUGUAUAUUGCAUUGAGAAUGUCUCCUGAAAAUUUGUUGGCAUUAUCUUUUAAUUUUUAAAAUAAAAAAGUUGUGGACAAAAAAAAGGCAGAAAUGUGUAAAGUUGGGAACUAUUUUUUUUCCCCGUUAAAUACAAAUAAAAAAAAGUGGGGUUAAAAAAUUCACCAAAAAAAAAAAAAAAUCAUAACUUUAUUUCUAUAAAAGAUAGAAAGAUGAAAUUGGUGUUUUGCAAAGCUUCUAGCUAGCCCUUUAAUAUCAUUUGUGGCAAUUGGACUAUAUUCAAAAUUUUUGUCAUUACAUGGUUUUGUUUAUUAUAUAUCAUUUCAAAGAGAAGAGGAUGCUGAACUUUACUGUGUUUUCAAAUUUUUAUAAUGAGUGUUUUUGGAAAAAUUUAUCAAGUCGAAUUAAGCGAAGACUACUAUUUAAUGUCUAGUAAAUUCUCCACCAGUCAGUAUUUUCAUGAUAACCAUGGCUGAUUUUGGGUUUGUGGUAAGUCCUUCAAUGUGUUCCAUGGUAUAUAAAUCAUGGGGGCUCCCUCUGGUCAACUUCGUUCUAAAGGUCUGUAUUCAAAAGAUUUGAUUUUUAUCAUUGUGUUUACUUGAUGCAAGUAUUAGUUUUCUCAUUUUGUAUGUUUUGGGGAUGGGGUUCUGGGAUGAUUAUUUUGUUUCUUAUUUUUGAAUUAUAAGUGGGGUUUUGGGGGGUUGAUGUUCAUCAUGGGGUAUCAGCUAGGAUGUAUUUCUUUUAAAACUUAUGAGUUGAAUAUUGAUAAAAAUGAAUGAAAUUUUUUAUUUUACUUUACUUCAUAUUAACCAUAUUUUGUUGACGCGAGUAAUUCUCAGUGAAGAACGGGAAUGUUAUCACACAUGUUGUUCAGGUCCAAAAAUUGGUUUAUUCUGUGUUGAGUGUUGGGAUUCCCAAAGGGACAUCACUGCACUCAGGUUGAGACAACUCUUGUCAAAAGCCAUACCAUUAACCCAAUAUUUACAGAUAAUCGCAAGUGUUUAUGAAGGUCUGUACUUUCUGCGUGAUGCUCGCUGUUGUUCUCAAAGUUUCAGCUCCAUUAGAGUAUGACUGUUUUGACAUUUGUGUUGAAAACUCAGACUUUGGUUUGCAGAGUCAGCUUCUUUGACUCCCAUAUUUUAUUUUAUAGCACAAAUGCUGACCUAGCCUGUCUGAGUCUAACCCUGAUAUCUGUUUAUGUCAAUGGUGCUGCCUAUGUGAAGGCCUCCAUUUCUUCCAGUGCAUUUCCUGCCAGAGAGAUAUGCUCUUGGUUGGCUAAGUUUACCUUCGUGAUUUUUUCUUGCUUUUGUUUACAUUGAGUCCGAGCUGUGCUGAAAUGGUGGUUAUGUCUUUUGCCUUUUCCUUCAUUUGUUGCUGGUUGUGUGACAGAAGUGCAAUGUCAUCUGCAAAGUCUAGGUAAUCCCAGGGUGUCCACCAUAUCCUGUUCCUCUUUUUGUCUGAUUUUUUUCAUUAUCCAGUCAAUGGCAAAGAUGAAUAGAAAGUGGGGAUAAGAAACAUCCUGGUCUGACUCCUGAUUCCACAUAAAAAGCAUCUGUAAGUCUACCGUCUUGUACCACCCUGCAUUUCAUUUCUUCAAAAGAACUCUGAAUGAUCCUGAUUAGCUUUUCUGGCAACUCAUAAUGCUGGAGAAGUUUUCACAAGGUUUGUCUGUCCAGGCUAUCAAAGGCCAUUUCAUAGUUGAUAAGAUUCUGAGACUAUAUUGUACUAUAUUGGGAGUUCCAGUGUAACCAGGCCUGUUAAAAGCAUCCAAUUAUCUACGAGAAUGGGCAGAUAAAUUUUCCCACCACCCUACCCCAACAAUUUUUUUAAAGUUUCAAAAGAGUGGCCUAUUGCACAUGAUGACUACAUUUCCUCCAUUGAUACCAAGGAGUGACAGCUUUCUCGAAAAUUAUCUGCCCACAUUUUAUUGUAGUCACUUCUAUAUUCUCUUAUAUGUCUCAAUUAACAGAGUUAUCCCAAAAUUAUCUGGAAAAAAUCAUAACUUUCUUUAGAAUUGACACUGUUAACAAAUUUUUUUAAUGCAGCCUUUGACAUGUUGGUUUACUCCUGCUGUAAAUGUAGUGUCAGCCUUGUUAUUUGUAUGAGAGUAGGACUAGAUAAUUCACAACAUUUACUUUGGGCUGGCCUUAGUGGGUGCAAUGAAUUUUAACAAUAUAAGAAAAUAAUUAAAGCCCUAAUUCUAAUGACAUUUUAUUUCACUUACUAUGAUAUGCAUAAGCUGCUAAUUAUUUAUUUCAAUAAUUUGAAUUUUUCAUUAGUUAAUUUUCAAAUUUUAAUAAAAUAAAAGGGUUUACAAAUUUUGUUGCAAUGAUAUUUUUAAGCAUUGAGAAUGACCUCACAUUCUACAUUACUGAGCAACGAUCUUGUAUCCUGACAAAAAUACUCUGUCAUCUACUCACAAUUUCACAAAGGCUAAAAAAUUACAACAAUUUAAACCAGGUUCCUAAAGGGUGUGAGGUAAAUUAAAGUGAUUAUAUGAGCAGAGAGUGUAAAUAUGUAAAUAAUCCAAAAUAAUCCACAGUGAACAAAGGAUAAAAAUAUUUAUUUAUUACAUAUCCUAUUAGUUAAUUGAAACUCAUCUUAAACAUUGGCCCUGAAAAGGACUGUACAUUUGUCUUGUCUUUGCUUCUGCAGCUCUACUCCUUAUGCCUGCAGCUACAAGCUGCAGCUCACAUGUCUGUACUCAUGACAAACUUUAACUCUUUGUUCUUAAUAAAAAUUCCCACCUUAAAUUGAACACUUGAAAAUUUUCCUCAAUCAAAUUUAUCCACCAUGAAGAUACAAACUAGACCCUAAAGGAGUGUGCAUAGACAUCUUUACAAUCACUUGCUCGCCACAUAAAAACUUAAUUUAGGUAUCUUAUUAUAUGUCUUCCACAGUACUUGGUACCAAUUUCAACUUCCAAGAUUAUCAUAUUUUUACUUUAUUAAUAUAAAACUAUCAAGACUGUCCAUGUCAACUCUACCCUCACCCUUUUAAAGUUACCUCUAGCUAGCUAUUUCAUUCUCUCGUUCCUGCCUUGUCAUUUAUGACAUAGUGUCACAAUGAGAUAGUAAAAAAAAUUGGUGUAGAAAAAUUAUUUUGUUUGGAAUUAAAUAUUAAUUUUUUUUAAAAUCCUACAGGAUCAUGCUUCAGCACUGGAUCUGUUAAAAGCAUUGCAGGAUACUAAAAUGACCCUUGAAGUCCUACAGGUCAGUAUUUAGUUCUUCAACAGUAGUGCUAUUUUUAACAUUAAAAUGAAUUUCUAACAUUAUCUGCCUUAAUGUUGUGUUUUGAUUAUCAUAAUUUUUAUCAACAUUGUGUAUCCAAGUUUGAUAUAGUUUCUACUUAAUUUCAUUAAUAAUAUUUUCCUAAAGAAUAAUGAAAUAACUGCUUUUUUUAAAAUAAAUUUUAGACAGAAAUACUUUUAUAGCAAAAUAAGCUACAACUUCCUUUGAAUUGAAUCUAUUGAAUUAUGCUGAAAUUUAUUAAAUAAUUUCACACAUUUUCCUUUGAAGAAAACCAGGAUUGGUAUGACAGUGAAUAAUCUACGAAAGGCUAGCAGUAAUGAUGAAGUUGUGACAUUGGCCAAGACUUUGAUUAAAAAUUGGAAAAAAUUACUACCAGCUGGUAAAUAUAUAAAAUUCAUUUUUUUUUUAGCUGUAAUUUUUUUUGUUCUAUUUCCCUCUUUAACUGUUUGUUCAUGGAAAGUCCUAUUGCAAAUGAUGUUGGAUACAACUGUAUAGUAAAUGUAUUUAAUGUCAGAUUUGACACUUUGUUCCAUAAUGAGUAAUUAAAAUAAUUGCUUGUAAUAAACAGUAAUAUAAUAGUUACAAAAUCGGAAGAAGUUUAUCUUAAUGACUUUCUGUCUAUUUUUCUAUAAAAUUAAAGACAGUCCUGGUGGCCUUAGUCGCUCCAGUUCCAGAUCCUCAGGAGAUGCAAGCAGUCAACGAAUGGAUGAAACCUCCAAUGAUGGUACUGAUGAGGGGAAAUCGGAUGCUGAUAAAGAUGGCAGCUCAGGCCAAAGUAAAACUCAUAACACCACAGAUGCUGUGAGAAUUAAAUGUAGAGAGCUUUUGUCAGCUGCUCUUCGAGUGAGUGGUAAGUAUUAUUGCAUUUGUACAAUAAUAAUGUUCCUUAAAUAAACAAUAUUUUUAUAUAAAAUUAAAGUUUGGUAAUAUAUAUAACUUUGAAAACCAACCAUUAUGUUUUCUUCCACCUCAAAUUAACUUAAAAUAUUUAAGGGAAACAUUUUGAGAUUUGUUAACAUCAAAAGAUGUAAUAAAAGAGUUUCCUUUGUGUGCCAAAAUUUAGAAACUGUAUAUACUAUUGACUAGUGUAUAAAUCAUACAUUAUUUAGUCAUAAACGUCAUCGUAAAAUGUAACGUUGGCUUAUCCAUAGGUCAGUGGUUGUUUCCAUAUAAUUUUUUACAUUUAAUGUGGGGCAAUAAAAAAAAAAAGUAGCACUAUGUUGAUCCAGAUACUGGGUAAACACACAAUAACAGCUGUUGAUGCUUGACUGAAAUCCAGUACCAAGCUAACGGCUGAAUCCAUCAGCCUUUAUCAUUGGAAGGAGAGAGGACACUGAUAUAAAUUGCGGGGAAUUCACUUGAUAUAACCGACCACGAGAGAGUGUAGGCCUAAUGACAUAUACCAAUAGUUUAGUAUACAGUGCAGUGAUUGCUGCUUGGUAAAAUCUGACAAAAUUAUAAAACUCACAUAGCCCCAAGUUUUACCCUUGACUUAUCCAUGAGUAUGUAUCAUAUUUUAUAAUUGUUGGUCAAAUUUUUUUUUUUCUAGCGCUGAAACACUUUCUGAUAUUUGAAAACUUUUCUAUUUUUUUUCCUGUUCAUAUGAAUGGGUAUAGUCACUACUGAAAAGAAAUUAAUAUUUGUCCCAAUUGGUAUUCUGUGACAGAUUUUAAUUAUCAUUUUUACUAGAAAUCCCUGAAGGAGCUCAUGAUCCAGAUGAGCUGGCUGCCUCUAUUGAAGAUGGUGAGCUGAUUCACAAUUUAACUUUUUUAUUUAUUUGUUAUGAAAGUUAGAGAUAUAUAACUUAUCAGCCACAUAAAUAUUUGUAAGCAACUUGCUGUUCACCCUAAUUCACCGCAUGCUUACAUUUUAAUCCAAAAAUAAUUUGUUUAGAGUUGAAAAGCAUUUUAGUUUUAAAGCGGUUGCUAAAAAUGUUUAAAAAUGCUGUUUCCCUUGGACAGGUUUUAUAAUUUCUGUAAUUAAAAGUUAAUUUAUUUAAUCCAUUGAAUUUUGCAUUGUUCCAUUAAGGGGAGUGUAUAAAUUAUAUAAAUUAGCAGUCAAAAUAUUUUAGCAGCUGUUUAAAUUCUUAUUUAAAAGAAAGUUCAAAUACAUUUGAUAAAUAAUUUAGGUAUACCAACUUACUUAGUUCACCUUUUUUUGUCAGCCAUUUUUGAGGAGUUCGGUAAUACAGAGAUGAAGUACAAAAAUCGAGUGAGGAGCCGAGUUGCCAACUUAAAAGACUCCAGAAACCCGCAACUUCGACAGAAUGUUCUUAUUGGUCUCAUCUCAGCCCAGAAAAUUGCAGCUUUGACUGCAGAAGUAAGUGUGCUGUACAUUUGAGCUAUAUCAAACGAAUAAAAAUAUGUUAGUGAUAAUUAUUCAAUUUUUUGCAUAAUUCUUUAUUUGCCAAUUAAUUUAAAAAAAGGAACAUGUGACUAUUAUUAAUACAAAAUGUGAAUCAGCUCAAAUUUCAGUAUUUUGAAAAAUAAAUUCUCUUAAAAUGAAUUUGGUAAUAUAAAUUUUAAAAAAUUUCUUAUGAAUUUAUUUUUGUUUUCUUCAGGAAAUGGCUAGUAAAGAAAUGAAACAGCUACGUGAAAAGUUAACAAAGGAAGCUAUUAAUGACCACCAAAUGGCCAAGACUGGAGGAACAACAACUGAUCUCUUCAAGUGUGGCAAAUGUCGUAAAAAUAAUUGUACAUACAAUCAGGUGAGCUAACAAGUUUUUUUUACAAAGGGUUUGGUGAUUAUGUUUAACAUUAUAAACAGACAAACUGUCAAAUGUAAAUGUGCUGUGGUGUCAAAUAGUUUUUAGUAAUUUGUAUCACCAGAAUACCCUACACUAAUAGAAAAUGAAUCCAGAGACCCAUUUAAGUAGUGAUAUAAAGAGAAUAAAUUGGAUGAGGAAUCUUAUGGUAUGAAUGUUGCAAUUCUGUGAGCUAUGUGAAUAUGACCUUGAACUUUUCACUUGUGCUACAGUAUCUUUCUUCACCUUGCACCCACACCAACUAUUAGUUCCUUUUUUAUCAUCUAAAUAAGUUUUUCAGACACGUAAAACAUUAUUAUUUCAGUCUAGAAAAUAUAAAGUUAUUUGGAUUGACAUAAAUUUAAAAAAAAAGAAGGAAAAAUUAACUGGUGACCUACAAAUUUCAUUUAUAAUUCCUUUUAAAUUGAUUAGUACCCUAUUUUCCACUACUUCAACUAUUAGAAUUUGAACUGUGCUCCUAGUGUACUAGUACUAGCUCCACCACUUAAUUAUAAAUACCAUGCAUCAUAUCAAUAAAACAAUCUUCAAAAUCACUUCCAUAAUAAAAUAAUUUAAAAAAUUUAAUUUUUUUUUUGCUUAGGCAAUAUCUGAGUUCUACAAGUUAGUUUUUACAAAAAAACAAACUUUUAGGCAGAUGAUCCGCCAUUACGACAAUUUGUGGGUUAACAUUACAGUUAGAUUUCUUACAGUUUUUCAGUGUUAGUCUUUUGUGUGUUUUUAUUUUAAAUAAAUGUGGACUGGGUUGUACUAUUAAGAUUUGAGCCCUACACUAAUUUGAGGCUCAAACUGGUGACACCACAUGUCUGUGACACCCCCCUCCCCAAUAGCUAGUUGAUGUUGGAUGAAAUGAACUAUAUUGCUGCAACACAUUGUAGUACCUUAUGAAAACUGAUGAAAUGGACUAUAAAAAAAAAAAAAAAAAAAAAAAAAAAAAAAAAAAAAAAAAAAAAAAAAAAAAAAAAAAAAGAAAAAAAAAAAAAAAAAAAAAAAAAAAAAGAUACAGCUACCAGUAAAAUCGAAAGAAGAGAAAUCACAAAAACUUGGGUUUUAUUGCUGUUACUUUCUUGUAUUGAAAAUUUUUGGAUGAUAAGAAUGUUAAAAAAGUAACCUAAUAUGAAAUUAAGAUAUUUAAAGGUGGAAGAAGACAGUAAUUUUAAUGGUGAUCAUGAGAUCGUACACAUUGUAUUUAAUAUUGCUACAAACAAGUGUAGAGGAAUUAUCUUUAAUAAUUAGAAUAACAUAUACUUGUACGAGUCAUUUUGUGUGUGUCUUAUUAAUCUAUAAGCUAUUGCUGAGGUUAGUUUAACUAAAAACGUUCUUUCCUGUGGCUCAUGCUUUGGAGCUGGAAACUUUCUGACCACCAAUAAUUUUGUUGUUUUAUUGACAUCAACAGGUCCAGACUAGAAGUGCUGAUGAGCCUAUGACAACAUUUGUUUACUGUAAUGAAUGUGGAAACAGAUGGAAGGUAAUUGAGGAUUCUGCUUUUUUAACUCUUUUUGUUUAUAUCUACCCCCAGAAAAAAUUGGUCAGUUUACUUAAAGAUGAGUUUAUAUAUGUGUUUGUUCAUCCUUAAAAUAAUAAAGUAUUAUUCAAUAAACAGUUGAUGAUGUUUCUUUUAGAAUAAAAGCUUGGCCUAUCUAAGGAUGAGUGUCAUCCUGUGCUGUCAGAACCUCCGCAGCCACCUAGGGGACUCCCUCUGUGUCAUAACAUGCUUUUUUAAAAAUAGUCAAGAACUAAUUCAAUUUGUUUUUUCAACCACAUUUUCCAAUCUUCCAGUUUUGCUGACACUGUUCUAUCACAUCCUCCUUGUUCACUCGACUGAAAUGUGGCCAGGACAAAGAUGCACAGACCAUUUCACUCUCCCACUGUUCCAUCCUAUUGGUAGUCAUGUAGUACAAAGUGCUCAAGAUUCAAUGUGUUGUGGCUGAGAAGCUUAACAAGUAGGACUGUCACUCACAGUUUUGCAUUUGAUGAGUUUGUAAUUUUAUAGAAAUAAUGGAAUGGUUUACACAAAAGGAAACAGAUUGGAGGAAUUUAAAAAAACUAACCCAAACAGGGUUCAUUUUUAAGUUAGGAUAAAUCCACAUCAUCUGUAAAUGGUCACAAUGUAAUGUGUCCUUGUUAAGUUGUAAACUGUGCUAGGAUUCCUUCUAACAGGUGUACUGUUUGGUACAAGAUUUUCAUUUUGGUUGUUUUAGUCCCUUUAUAGGAUGAGUGAGAAUUCAGCAAUGACAUAAUCUGAAAUAAUUCACUGUGUAGGUACAGGAAUAGAGUGGCUGGAUCCCUGUUUAAUUAGUUCUGUUUAAUUAGUUCAGUGGCUUUAAUUAAGUUUCAAACUAGUGUGUGAGAAUAGAAGCCAGACAGUAGGAUGUGAGAACAGGGGUCAGACAGUAGGAUGUGAGAACAGGGGUCAGACAGUAGGAUGUGAGAACAGGGGUCAGACAGUAGGAUGUGAGAACAGGGGUCAGACAGGGGGUGAGAAUCGGAGUCAGACAGUAGGGGUUGGGAAGUAGGGUGUGAUAACAGGGGUCAAGAAUUGAGGUAUGAGAACAGGGGUCAGGCAGUAGGGUUUCACAUGGGAUGACAUCAAGUGUGAAAACACCAACUAGUAAAGAAAGUUUUAUUUUCUUUUUUAUUAUGUACUGAUGGUGAAAACAUCAUUAUAUUCCUGAUUACAUGUGCUUUUAAAGAAAUAAACCUUCUUUACUAGAUUAAAUAUAAGCUUAUUAGUUGUUAAAUUAGUUUCAAAUGUCAUUUCUAACGCCUGUGAAAUAGAUGUAAAUACAAGGCCUUCUAGUCAGGCCAAUGUCUUAGUUUGUAAUGAAUGAACUACAAAGUUUGUUCACUGAUUAAACUUGACUUAAAUUGCCAAUGAAAUAAAAUUUUAAAAGAAGUAAAUUUGUUAAAAUAAAAUACUGAUUGCACUUCAUUUUUCCAUUUUCAAGCUGUUACUCUUAUUCUGUCUACCAAUUCUGUCGAGUAGUUGGAUUAGCUGGGUGCAUCACCAGAGUUGUUGGUUGUUUUACUAGGGCACAUAACAUUUCACGCCAAUGUAACAUUUGCUCCGUCAUUGCCAGUGUGCUAUCAGUCUAUAUUUCAAUUCAUUUAUCAACAAACGAUUCUAAGCAUAAAGUAUGAUUAAGUUUAAACCUAAAAAUAACAUGGAACAUUAUCCCCGUCUGUUGCUCUAUUAGUUAUUAUUUUUUUUUUAAAGGAAAAUUUCCAUCAAAAUCAUUUCUAUUCUUGUUUUUAUGGUAGCUUUGUCAUGUUUCAAUCAAUUCAUAGAAUCCACUUGCUUGAUGUCUGGUAGUUAUGUCAUGUUUCAAUCAAUUCAUAGAAUCCACUUGCUUGAUGUCAUCCACCAUAUAGUUUUGUUGUACAGCUUGACAUUGACUAUUCCUUACUGCAGCACAUUUCAAUGUGUGGCAGUACUAGAGCAUGGAUUCAUGCUUGUGAUACUAACACGGCCCUCCCUCUCACGAUAGCUGUGAGUGUAAAUGUGAUGACAUUUCAGCAACAGUGAAUUCAGAGGCUUAGGAAACAUUUCAGAAAUGAGUUUGAGAGUAGAUUGAAUUCUGCUUUGAAAAUGUUAAUUUUAGUCUUUCUGAUUUCAUUGCAUAUUUUUUUGUUAGAACACAUGAAAAAUUUCUUGACAUUGCACAUGGAAUUACUUUAAAUCAUUUCAAUGUAAUUUUGUUUUGUAUCAAUGCAAUGAGAAUGGGGAAAUAUCCAUUACCAGUUGCAUGUAUCAAUAAUAAAUGUUUUAAAAUAAUAUUGUUUAAAAUAAAAAAAGUUCUUAUGUUAGGAACAAUUUUAAUUUUACAUGAAUUUUUUUUUUCAAAGCUAGCUUCUUGUAAAUAAUAUCGAGCUAUACUGUAUAGUAGAUUGACUUGCACCACAGAGAUAAACACUGCCACAUAUGGACUUAAAGUUGAGUUAUUGUGUGUUUGCUACUCUGCAUUUAUCAUUUAUGGCAUGAGCUAAUAAAAUUAUCAUUUAUUUACUCUUACAAAGCUUUCAUCUCUCAUUCUUUCAAUACACGUUCCCGUUUGUUAUUUUGUAAGUUGUGCGAUAAAGCAGUUACUUUUAGAGGCAGACUGAAUUUUUGGAUUCGGUUUCAGCGCGGAAAGUUACCAUUUGAUCACUUUUGGCCUAGUUUUGGUUUCGGCUGAAACAGAAACGUUAACUUUUGGUUUUAUUUUGGUUUUGGCAGAAAGUGAUUGAGGUUUUCGGUCAUCUACCAGAAGUCAGACUGCCUGUCUGUCUCUAGGCCAGCAUUCAGAUAUUCAUUAUUGCUGGAUUUCUUGCUGUCAUAAUAUGUUACAUGACUAAUACUCUGCGAAAACUGCUCACAGCUGCAUGAUGACCUACUGUCCUGUAUAUCCAAAAUUGAAUUUUCAAUUAGGCCUAGACAAAUGUAAACAGUUUUGUGGAUGGCAAGCUAAUGGAAUGGUAAUAUUUAAAUUAUUAUUUUUGUUUUAAUUUUAAAAACUAUAACAUUUGGAACCCUAGGUGUAUUUUUAUUUUAGUUAGUUGACAUGUUUUUAAUAAUUGUAAAGUGCUUAGAGCUUUAAGGUAAGUGCUAUAUAAAAAUGCCUAAAUAAAUAAAUAAAUAAAUAUUCAAUUCAUUCAUUUGUGAUAUUCAUCUUAUUUAUCAUUUAAUGCUCAUCAACGUUGUCAUGGUCAAUGGUUAGUCUAAUAAUAUUGCAUAAUCCUAGGGAAUGGUAAUAUUACUAUUUCCA